AUCAUGUCUCUAAGGAGAAUCUUUCAUUAACAUACCAAUUGCUCACUAUCUUGUGCGACUUCUGAACGUCAUGCUGGUUAAAAAUGUUUUGUAGACAUACCAAUUGGUUAUUUUUUCCCCUCUAAAUAAACAGUUCUUUCAAAACAGAUGGGUAAAUAUCUGUGAGAAGUGGUGAAUCUCAUCCUUACACAAAAAAUAACAUAAUGUAGCAAUUAUAAGUAAUAAUUUGGUUAACGGUAAGAUAAGAAUAGAAUUCUCCUUACCUUUUCCCAAGAAUUUGAUAUGACUGUAUCAUACAAUCCAACAACAAAAAAAAAUUGUUACAAGAGUAAGGCCUACAAUCCAACAAAUUAACUUAAAAAAUAUAAUUUAAUUAUUCUUAAAUUAAAGUUCAGCCGUUAAAAAAGUUCUUGUUAGAGCUUGUUAGAAUUUCUAAUUUUACCUAUACAAUUACUGUGUAAAUUUAGACAAUUUAGUUAAACUCUCCUAUUUAUUCUUAUUCAUAACUUCUCUCUUGCACCGGAUACUCCUUUUGUGAUAGUUUCACAAAACAACUCAAACAAACUCUACAACCACUCUCACCUAUAUAAUCACCUAGAUUACCACUACUGCAACAAAAUAAACUAGCAAAAGCUUUCUUUCUUAAUUAUCAUUACUACAAGGAUCCUAAAUCAUGGUCUCUCAGGGUACCAAUUCUAUCAUUUGGCGCUUUUUCUUGCCUAUUGUGAUUGCCUCCCUUUUCACUCCAAACUUUAUUUAUGCCAAGCAAUCCAAAAUAAUUGGCUUGAAGAUGAAUGUGAUUGAUCGAUGUUGGAGACCUAAUCCUGAAUGGAGGAGGCAACGAUAUCAACUAGCUACUUGCUCUGUGGGCUAUGCUGGCAAGAUGACAAAUAACAUUGGUGAUGAUCUCAUCCAUUAUAAAGUUAUUGACCCUACUGAUGACCCUAUAAACCCAAGGCCUGGCACGUUGAGGUAUGGAGCUUCGGUGAUUCAAGGUAAAGUGUGGAUCAAAUUUCAAAGAGACAUGAAAAUUAGGCUCGAGAAACCUCUUCUCAUUAGUAGUUUCACCACCAUAGAUGGUCGAGGCGUAAACGUCAACAUUGCUGAUAAUGCGUGCUUGAUGAUAUAUAAGGCCACCAACAUAAUCAUACAUGGCAUUCGAAUUCAUCAUUGCAAAGCUCAAGCUCCAGGGAUGGUGAUGGGGCCUAAUGGAAAAGUUAUUACUUUGGGGCAAGUAGAUGGGGAUGCAAUAAGAUUGGUUACGGCUUCAAAAAUUUGGAUUGAUCAUAACACACUUUAUGAUUGCGAAGAUGGCCUUCUUGAUGUCACACGAGGUUCUACUAAUGUGACGGUGUCCAACAACUGGUUCAGAGAUCAAGACAAGGUUAUGCUUCUUGGACAUGAUGAUGGCUAUGUGAGAGAUCAGGACAUGAAGGUCACAGUUGUGUACAAUCAUUUUGGACCUAAUUGCAACCAGCGCAUGCCACGGAUCCGCUAUGGAUAUGCACAUGUAGCCAAUAAUUUUUACCAAGGAUGGUUGCAAUAUGCAAUUGGUGGAAGCACAGAACCCAGUCUCAAAAGCGAAGCUAACCUCUUCAUAGCACCGAUUGCGGGGAAUAAAGAGGUAACAUGGAGAAAGAGUACUCAUACAAAUAUGAAUAAGUGGGAAUUUCAUUCAGUGCGAGAUGUUUUUGAAAAUGGAGCAUCCUUCACGGAAACAAAAGGAGGACAUGUGCGUAAGCCAAAUUAUAGCAUAGAACAGAGUUUUGAAGUUUCUGAUGCCAAAUCUGUGAGAUCAUUGACAAUGUGGUCAGGUGCACUACGAUGCAGCAAAACCUCUAUAUGUUGAACUAGAAAAAUAGGUAAAGUUUGCACAUUAGUAGUGUGGAAUCGAGACCUCAUAGAUGUCUCUUGGUGAUGAGGACUUCUCCCCCUGAAUGUGUUGAAACUUCACUAUAUCAUGAUUUUUCGAGCCUUGUAAAUUGAUAACUAAUCAUUGAAUAUUAGUACUGCUAAAAUAUUUUAAAUAAUGAAAAAGGUUAGC